GUUCUCUUCUAAUUACUUCCGCAGUCGAGGAAACAGGCGGAAGUCAACAAAGACCACAGCCUGUUGUGUUCCUGCGCUGAGAUACGAGCAGAAUGGCGGAGGAGGAGGACGAGACUGGAUACGAUGAGGAGUUGGAUGACGGAUCCAGCGGAAUGGAUGUCGGCGGCCACGGGAAGAGAAAGAGGCUCUUCUCCAAGGAGCUCCGGUGCAUGAUGUACGGCUUCGGGGACGACCAGAACCCGUACACGGAGUCUGUUGAUAUCCUGGAGGACCUGGUGAUCGAGUUCGUCACGGAGAUGACCCACAAAGCCAUGUCUAUCGGACGCCAGGGCCGCGUCCAGGUGGAGGACAUCGUUUUCCUAAUCCGCAAGGACCCCAGGAAGUUCGCCAGAGUCAAGGACCUGCUGACCAUGAACGAGGAGCUGAAGAGAGCCCGGAAAGCUUUCGACGAAGCAAAUUAUGGCUCAUAACCCCAUUUUUUUUACAACUAAUUUGGUGGCUUAUUUCCUUUUUCACUCCUAAACUGACCUGACCUGUGUUGUUGAGGGGUUUGAUUAGACACGACUUGUUGUCCAAAGGCAGUUUUUUGUGUGAUGUUUAUUUGAAUCAUUCUAUGGCGGUGACGAACAAUGUCAAAGUGUUGCACAGAUGCCUGGGGGUUAUGGUGUCUGGGACUGUCUCAAUAAAGAAACUCACAUAUUGGUUUAACAUG